UCACUCUCUCUCACUCUCUCUCACUCUCUCUCACUCUCUCUCACUCUCUCUCACUCUCUCUCACUCUCUCUCACUCUCUCUCAUCCACUCUCAUCCACUCUCACCCUUCUUUCUUCUCGCACCCACCCAACUGGGACCAGGGUCCAGCGAGCCUUGCUGUUAGAGUUUCAGCUUGCAAGGACCAGCUUAGUGCUACACUUCCCGCGAUUCCAUCGCCCAAUUCUUGCUGCCUACACUAACUAGUAUGGUACAUAGGUAGUAGCACACAAUCCAGCUCGACGGUUCGGAUGGAAUACGAACAUCAGAUGAGCAACUGACAAGACGCUGUGGGUAACUGAUAGCCGCCCGCCGUUGAGUUCACCUGUGCACUAUUACCCGCGGGCUUCAGCGCACCGAAGGCGUCUAUCAUCGCCAGAGCUUAACGCCCCGGCAUCGUCCAAGUUGCUCCUUGAAGUAU